GAGAAGGAGACCAAAACCGAGGAGUAGGUUUAUGGCCGAUAGUUUAUAUUUGUUUGUCUUUAUUAGAAUGAUACAUCAGAUUAACAUUGUGCGCACAUUGUUUUAAAGUACACGUAUUGUAAUACGUGCGGUGAAGUAUGCUGAAGUAAUAUUAGCUUUGGAAUUGAUUAUUGCUGUUAUCGAAGUGUAAUGACCAAGUAGUUGAUUCAUAGUCCAAAUAGGAUUAUGGUACUCCUGUACGAAUGGAUAGGAUUAUGAAAUUAAUACGAAGGUUAUUUGAAAUUUAAUAACAUUGACAUAUUCGUUAUAACGGCAAUUGGUAGUCAUUAUUUGAAACACAAAGUACCAAUUUAAUAAAUAAUGUCGUCAGAAAAUGGAUCUGAUAGCCCAAGUGGUGACAGAAAUAGUGACUUUUCAGGAGAUCGUGUUUGUCGUGAUUUCCUUCGUAAAGUUUGUCGGCGGGGGAAACGUUGCAAAUUCGUUCAUCCAAAUGAAAAGGAGCAGGAUGCAGGUGGGAAGUUUGAAUACAUCUUCUGCCAUGAUUAUCAGAACUCAAAGUGCUCACGUCCCUUGUGUCGCUUUGUCCACUGCACACGUGAAGAAGAAGAGUAUUACAGGGCCACUGGGGAGCUGCCACGACAUGUACUGGAGUCAGCUGUUAGGAAGGGCAUUACACCUGAUGUCUCUCGACCAGGUGAGCUUCCUGUAUGCAAAGAUCAUCUGAAGGGAGAAUGUCGACGUGGAGGCAAGUGCAGGUUUCGGCAUCUGUCUGUAAGAGAAUAUGAGAUAGAGUUAACAUAUGGAGCGAGGAACCCUUCCCAUACAACUUCAGCAACGAAUGGAUUGGGAUCAAUUGCUAGGAGAAGAGAAAGAUUUGAAUUUGAAGAUGGAAGGUUUGAUUGCUACAUCAGCACUGGAAGUACUGUCAUUGGUUUGGAGCGAGAAUUUGGAUCCCCUGAAAUAAAAAGACGUCAGUAUUUUAGUCCUGAAAUUCAACAAAGUAGCCAGUUGUUGCUGACUCGGGAAGGCCAUCAGGCUGCACACAGUCACUGCUAUGCAGCACCUAUGCUGUCACAUGCAGAGGCACACACACUGCUCCUAGAUGAUGAGAACAGUAUUCUGCGCAAAAAGAUUGAAGAACUGAAGAAGCAAGUCUCAGACCUCACUGCUACAAAUGAGUUCCUUCUGGAUCAGAAUGCUCAGCUACGUAUGGGGGGCAAACGCACAGCUAACGUUACAGCUGUGACUGUACCAGCAGUUACAAUCACCAAUACAGGGGCACCUACAAUGCAGGUUCAGCCAAUCACAGCACAGAUACAGCCAGCUCAGGCACCUACACCUCAGCAAAUGGUGAAUGCAGCCGUAGCAGCUGGCACAUUGCGAACAGUUACAGCAAGUGUAGCAACUGUACCAGUGUCAAUUGCUGCUGUAGCUGGAGCCCCUGUAUCAAUUGCAACUGUUUCAAUGGCUCCUGUUCAGAUUCCACCCCCAGUUGUGACAAUGGCUCAGCAAACUCUUGCAGUGGAAGGUCCACAGCCACCACAGCAACCAGGAGCCCCACCACAACAAGGACAACAACAGAAUCCUCAGCAAGGAGGACCACAGUCAUUGCCCAUGUCAAUCAGUGGAGCUACAGCCCCUCUUGUGUCCUACCCGAUAAUGACGCAGGAUCUGCGACCUGUUCUUCAGACCAGUCUUUCACAUUGAACUUCUUGUUAAUUUUUUUGGUCCGUGUCUUUUAUUGUGUUAAAAAAUAUUAUGAAGUGCAAUGGACCAUGGAUUGAUUGUCUAUUUUCAGUUUAUGCACUUCAUGUGCACUGUUUUCACAUUGUUAAUUUCACUUCAAAGGUAAUAGAGCACUUCAAAAGCUGAGAAAGGUGACAUGAUGUAAUCUGCUUUGUAUCUGAAAUAGGAAUGUAGUUGUAAUGUUAGUUUUGUGAGCAAAGAAGGGAACAGUGAAUUCAUAAGUAAUAUUCCAUAGUGCAGACUUUUGCACUGUCGUAUUCAGUGUUUUUUGGGAUCCUCCCCUUCAGAGAAAGUGGGUAUCAUUUUAAUUGUAUGUCUUCAUGUCAGUGCAUUAUCUAUUAUUAUUAUUAUUUCUUCUGACCAUUUCUGUUUUGUGAUCAUUGAAACAUUUUGUUAUUGGAAACCUGUACUUUCAGAUAGUAUGUAUGUUAUCAAUUAUUUUAACUUUUAGAAGCUUUUAUGCUUGUAUACUUAUGAUAAAUAACUUGGAUUAAGUUACAUUAGUAAGAGUUAAUUUGAAAUAUCAGUGAGAGAUGGUAAAAUCUGUCAGAAAUAGAAUCCGGAUAAAAUGGAAACCUGCCUUUACUGUGCAAGUUUUGAUCCCAAGAAUAUAGAGCAAAAACUAAUGUAAAAUUAGCUUUUAGCAUAAGGCAGUGAAAUGAAAAAUGCGGAGAAUGAUCUGCCAAAAUAUUUGUUUAAUGUUAACACAAUUUUUAUCUGUACCAUACGUAGCGGGAAUUGUCUGAGAUGAAAUCUGUGAUUAGAAAAAACUAAGGCUACCAACAAAAUCUGUGCACAGUAGAUACCUCAUGGACUACGAGAAAGGAUUAAAAAAUGAGAGAUGAAAAUGAGUACCACUCACUGAGAAUACGUAUGUAUGUAUGUACGUAGCUUGAAAUUCUGACUUGUAAUUUAAAUCCUAAAUAUGUAUACUGUGCAAUAUUUUUUUCCAGAAGUACUUGUGUUAAAUGGAAACCUCUCUGAAAAACAGAA